GGAACGGAGACGCGCCCUUAGCGAAGGAAGACUAUCUCCCAGCAUCGCUCCUCGGCCAGGCCGUAGGCAAGAGCAGGCUGCCACUGGGAGGGGUUUUCAAGGGAUCUCUCCCUCCCUCCCUCUCUCUCUCUCCCUCUCUCUCUCCGAGGGGGAGGGCGCCUUCCCUGGCCCCGCCGGAGGGGGAGUUUCCAGGAAGUGGCCAUAUUGGAUCCAUUCAGUCGCUUCUGCCGAAGGGAGCGGAGCUGCCCGGCACCUUCGGAGGCGGCUCGGUAGGUCUGGAGGCCAGCAGAGGGGCCCGCUUUCGCCUGCGCCUCCUUUGGAACGCGUCGGAGCCAAGCCCAGCAGCCCGAUGGCGGCCACCGAUUUGGAGCGCUUUACCAACGAGGAGAAGCGGAAUCUUGCUCUAGGAGGCCAUGUCGGAUUUGACAGUCUUCCCGAUCAACUUGUCAGCAAGUCUGUGGCACAAGGCUUCAGCUUCAACAUCCUCUGCGUGGGUGAAACUGGCAUUGGAAAAUCCACACUGAUGAACACACUCUUUAACACGACAUUUGAGACUGAAGAAGCCAGUCAUUUUGAGCACACAGUUCGCUUGCGGCCACGGACGUACGAUCUGCAGGAAAGCAACGUUCAUCUGAAGCUGACUAUUGUAGAUGCAGUGGGGUUUGGCGAUCAGAUAAAUAAAGAUGAAAGUUACAGGCCUAUAGUGGAAUACAUUGAUACGCAGUUUGAAAACUAUUUACAAGAAGAGCUGAAGAUUCGGCGCUCCCUCUUUAAUUAUCAUGAUACAAGAAUCCAUGUUUGCCUUUACUUUAUCACUCCAACUGGCCACUCACUGAAGUCUUUGGAUCUGGUAACCAUGAAGAACCUGGAUAGUAAGGUGAACAUCAUUCCAAUAAUUGCCAAAGCCGACACCAUCUCCAAGAGCGAAUUGCACAAGUUCAAGAUUAAAAUAAUGAGUGAGCUGGUCAGUAAUGGAGUCCAGAUUUAUCAGUUCCCCACUGAUGAUGACGCCGUCGCUGAGAUUAACUCUGUAAUGAAUGCUCAUUUACCAUUUGCUGUUGUGGGAAGCACAGAAGAGGUAAAGGUUGGAAAUAAAAUGGUGAGAGCUCGACAGUAUCCAUGGGGUGUUGUACAAGUUGAAAAUGAAAGCCAUUCUGACUUUGUAAAGCUGCGAGAAAUGUUGAUCCGGGUCAACAUGGAAGACCUUCGGGAACAAACUCACACUCGCCACUAUGAGCUCUACAGGCGGUGUAAACUAGAAGAAAUGGGGUUCAAAGACACUGAUCCUGACAACCAGCCUUUCAGCCUUCAAGAAACGUAUGAGACCAAAAGAAAAGAAUUCCUUUGUGAGUUGCAGAGGAAAGAGGAAGAGAUGAGACAAAUGUUUGUGAACAAGGUUAAGGAGACAGAAUCAGAAUUGAAAGAGAAGGAGAGAGAACUGCAUGAGAAGUUUGAACAUCUCAAAAGAAUACACCAGGAAGAAAAGAGGAAGGUGGAGGAGAAGCGAAAAGAGCUAGAGGAGGAGAUGAAUGCAUUCAACAGGCGAAAGGUGGCCGUUGAAACCCUGCAGUGCCAGUCCCUGCAAGCCACUUCACAGCAACCACUGAAGAAAGAUAAAGACAAGAAAAAUUAACCUUAACAUGCAGAUUUAUAUGCCAGGAGCGGACUCUGUGCAUUCAUGUGUUUUAGUUGCUUUGCUUUCCCAUUCUGUGAAUCCUUCUGUCAUGCCAUUGUCCGAGGGAAACAACAUGAAAGAUCAUCUUCUGCCUUUUUCAGAGAAUGGAUUGUGACUUAACAUUGUUAAGAAGAGGAAAUAUUUCCCUUUUCUUUGCAAAUUCCCUUUGAAAAAUGCUUCGGAUGUCUGGUUUUGAAAUGUUGGGAGUUUUCUUUGAUGUAAAUUCAUUUGCUUUAAACCUAUAGAAUAACUGUUCAUUUAUAAACUACCCCUAAAUGCAUUCAAUACAUACUUAAUUUCAUUUUUUGUAAUUGAUGUUGAUAUAAAAGAUCAACAAAAAGUAACAUAAGUGUGUUAAGUAACAGGUAAGACAUUAAGCUUUUUCUUUGAAGAAAGAAACUCCGAAUGUCAUAACUUACACACCAGUGUGUAUGACUAUAUAAAUGUUUUUGUUAAGCAACACACAUCUUGGAUGUUGUGCGUAGCAUGUCGGGGUGGUAAGAAACAGCAUUUGUCAGAGUUUUCUGUGGUUGGGAUGCCACUUGAUUCAUCAGGAGUCUGUGCACUGGGCCAGGCAGCAUCACCAGGUCUGGGGAUUAGUUUUGCCCCUGGAACCCACUGUGGGCUGCCCUCCCAUUGCCAAAAGGGCUCCAUCGGAUGUGGAUGGAAAAUGUAGGAAAGCCAUUAAAACAAGUAGGAUAUGCUUGUUUUGAAGUUGUUUUAUUUAUUUGCUGCUUGUUUCUGUGGUGUCGUGUUGUGAGGGCAGGGUCUUGGAGACCCCAAAACACAUUGCCCACUCCUAUUGUAAAGUAUGGAGGAGACAAGCAACAUCUUUUUGUUAAUCAAUAUGUGUGCUCCUGUGUGAACAGCUGUUCCUUCCUCAAACAUACAUUAAAAAAUAAAGACCACUAGCAUAAUAAAAAGUAAGAUAUAUAAAAUGCCAUUAAAAAAAGAAUCACUUCAGCUGUUGGCUUUCAAAUAUGGUGCUUCUCUGCUUCAUUUUAGCACAUAGGAUUUGAUUAUCUCAGUAGCUAAGGGCUACUGUCAUUUGAUUAAAAAUGGUCAGAUAAUCAGAAGAAAUGGCUUUUAAUAAAACAUCUAUGUACUAUUUAGUGAGAGUUGUUGCCCAAUGCACUUCUAUUUUGAGUGGUGGCCUGUAGACCAGUGCCAGUUCUUGGAGAAUUUCCAAGAAAGAAAAGGUGUAGUCAAUGGACCCCCAAUGUGGUACCAAUCCCUGACACAUAAGAAACAAAAUGCCAUCACCUACAUCAGAUAUCCUGCUGGGAUGCACUGGCCUAACGUAAGCACAUAGAUACGUAGAGAUGAAUACCUAUGAAGACCAUGUCUCUUCCUUGUUUGUGCUGUUAAAUGAUGCAAGUGUAUAUGUUUUACUUCAUUGCGGGGACCACCCAGCCAAAGUGAAAUUCCUUGACUAAACAGAAAUUCACUUGGCUUAAAUCCACAUGCCUGUCUUGCCCUAUACCUUGAGAGAAGCUAUAUUUCCAAGGAAGUUUUUGAACAGCGUGUGUUUUCAGGAAUUUCCCAUCUUAUAAAGAAUAGGCAAUCCAGGGAUUCAGUAGGCUGGUCCAGACGUGCGCUUGACAGUUCUGUGAGUUAGAACUCCAAAUGGAGCUUGAAAAGUUCCAGACCCUCCAGAGCAAAGUAUCUCCUUAUGAUGUGAAAAUCACUUGCACAAUCAAAACAAUUCCAUGAAUGAGGAUGCUAGAUGGCAGAACAGAGUUAAAUUAGGUCAUAUACCAUCCAAUACUUGCCUUCAGGGAUUACAAUCUGUUCUAUUUAUAAGAGGAAAGUGUUGACUAGCCGUUAAAGCUGCCAGAUAGAAAAGCAGAUGAAUGCAGGAAAGACACUGGAUGUUGUCAGUAUUUUUGCUCUAUUGCGUGCAAAGUGGGAUACAUCUCUCACAUUCAGUGUGAAACCUGUGAGCUCUAGACAACUGCCUAAUCCAGUUGUGAGUCCCAACUAGAGUAGACCUAUUGAAUGAGUGGGAUUUUAAUCAUUCUUACUUUACCAUUUUAACAGAUCUACUUUAGUUAAGACCAGCUUUGGGUUUGACCAUCAUGUCUGGUCCCAACCUCUGGGUCACAUUAGUAAUUCUCCCAAGAUCAUUUUGCUCUGGACAUAUUUUAGCCUUCCACUUAAAUUCCCUUCUGUACUGUGUAGCUGUAGCUUAACCUAUAUUUUAAUUUUUAUAACAUAAGAGGCAUUUUAAUUGCCUUUCCAGACAUAGCAUUUAGUUGUGUUGUGGGCUUGAGCUUCUUCAUCUUGAACUUCCUUUAGAUGCUUCAAUGAUCAAAUAUUCUCUAGUUCUAUUUUUUUUUUCCAUUAAAGGCCAAUGUCUGAUUAUAUUGAGAAUUGUUACAGUGUUACUUGAUAUUACUAAGAGAUUUAAAAAACUUCAUGAAAGAAUUAUACAGGUACUUUUUAAAUGGCAGGUCACCAAAUGUGUGACAUAGUGAAUAUUUACACUUCUGAAAGGAGUUUUGUUGUAGUCUGACUCUCCUCUGUUUAAGAAAAAAAGGCUGUGCCUCUAUUAAGCUAAAUCUAUUUUCUAAAAGGUAACUUUCAAAAGACUAACGGGGGAAGAGGGAGUUGUGUACAGGAUCAGAUACAAUUUAUAGCUAUGACAAUCUUGACACAUGGUUGGUUAAAGAGAAAAUGCAAAACAUGUUUUCCUUUGUGAGACCAAGAUACUUUUUGUAUUCAGCCUGAAGAUAAACACAAAGGAGAUUGCAGGCUGGUAGAAGUAAGUUUUUAUCUGAUAUGCAAACUUUUUCUAGCAAUACGUAAAGCCAACAAGAUUUUCUAUGCAAAUCUUUUCUUUCUGAUCGGCUUUCUGAAACUCCCUGCCUUUUUUUGGAAGUUUAUGAAAUUAUGGUAAUGAUAAAACACAUAGAGACAUAGCCUCAGUGGCAGUAUAUUUCUGAUGAAGACAUUCAGAAUGUAUGUAACAAUAUAUUAAUAAUAAUUAUUAUAAUUAUAUAUGUGUAUGUAUAUAUACUUUAUGUUGUGCUGACAAAGUUGUCAUUUUGGGUGUGAUACUGGCCUCAUUUGUCUCUUGUCUAUGUUAAUCUAUUUGUUAAUAGAAGCCCAUACCUUUUUCUUGGUUGGGGUUCUGUUUGGUACAGUACUUCACUUUCUUUUUUGUAUGGGACCAAAUUGUAUAUGGUAAUUCAACACAUUAUUUAAUAUUUUUCUGGUUGUUAUAAUGUGACACUAAUCUUAAAUUAAAUCUUAAAACUAAGCUUGACGGGUCAUCUCACUAUUUAUGUGAGGUAAAAAAAACAGGAAAACAACCAGCAAUUCUGAUUUUCCUGUUCUAUACAUAGUUCUCCUAAUGGAAAGAGGUAUUCUUUAAACUUUACCCCAUAUUUUUCUGUACUCAAAGCUUGUGUAUUUUUGCUGGCUAUUAAUUUUGUAAUCUGUUUAAAUGAGAGAAGAGCAGAUGAUUGCACCUGGAAGAAUGUUACUUGCAAGGAAUCAACAGGAAAAUCCAUGGAGUUACUUUCAUGAAAUGUUACCAUGUCACUCUCAUUUUUGUUUCAUGCAUUUUUUAAAAGACGUUAACUUUUUUCAGUUUCCUUUGUACUUCUUUCUUUCUUUUUAUUAAACAUUAAAUUUCAGUUUGAA